CCGGAAGAGGAAACUGCGGGGAGGUAGAAGCUCCGAAGGCUGGCAGUGAGGGGUCCAGGCGGGUGCAGUAGCUUCGAAGGCCGGCAGUGAGGGGCCGGGGGAAAUCGUAGCCAUGGCGGUGGCUGUGGCCAUGGCGGGAGCCAUACCCGGGACAGAGCUGGGCCCCGCGGAAGAACUCGCCAAACUCGAGUAUCUGUCUUUAGUGUCGAAGGUUUGCACCGAGCUGGACAAUCACUUGGGGAUCAACGACAAGGAUUUGGCUGAAUUUGUGAUCAGUCUUGCUGAGAAAAAUACCACCUUUGAUACUUUUAAGGCUUCGCUGGUCAAAAAUGGUGCAGAAUUCACGGAUUCUCUUAUUAGUAACCUAUUGCGUCUCAUACAAACCAUGCGGCCUCCAGCAAAGCCUUCCACUAGCAAAGAUCCAGUUGUUAAACCCAAAACUGAAAAAGAAAAGCUGAAGGAGCUCUUCCCAGUCCUUUGCCAACCAGACAACCCUUCUGUUCGGACCAUGCUGGACGAGGAUGAUGUGAAAGUUGCCGUGGACGUCCUGAAAGAACUGGAGGCCCUGAUGCCCAGCGCAGCAGGCCAGGAGAAGCACAGAGAUGCUGAGCACCGGGACAAGACAAAGAAGAAGAAGCGAAGCCGGAGCCGAGACCGAGAGCGGGAUCGUGAGCGAGACCGUGAGCGAGAGCGAGAGCGAGACCAUAAGCGGAGACACCGGUCCCGCUCUCGAUCACGUUCCCGGACCCGGGAGAGGAAUAAGGGAAAGUCUAGGUAUCGGUCCAGGAGCAGAAGUCAGAGUCCCCCCAGAGACCGGAAGGACCGAGACAAGUAUGGGGAGAGGAACUUGGACAGAUGGCGGGAUAAGCAUGUGGACCGCCCUCCCCCAGAAGAGCCCGCCAUCGGGGACAUUUACAACGGCAAAGUUACCAGCAUCAUGCAGUUUGGAUGCUUUGUGCAGCUGGAGGGGCUAAGGAAGCGGUGGGAAGGCCUGGUGCAUAUCUCUGAGCUCCGGCGGGAAGGCCGUGUGGCCAAUGUGGCUGAUGUGGUGAGCAAAGGCCAGAGGGUCAAGGUCAAAGUGCUGUCCUUCACCGGGACCAAGACCAGCUUGAGCAUGAAGGAUGUGGAUCAAGAGACUGGAGAAGAUCUAAAUCCAAAUCGACGACGGAAUCUUGUCGGGGAGACCAAUGAGGAGACCUCUAUGAGGAAUCCAGACAGACCCACCCACCUCUCCCUCGUCAGUGCCCCUGAAGUAGAGGACGACUCGCUGGAGCGCAAGCGCCUUACCCGCAUCUCUGACCCAGAGAAGUGGGAGAUCAAGCAGAUGAUCGCUGCCAAUGUCCUUUCCAAAGAAGAAUUUCCAGACUUUGAUGAAGAGACUGGCAUUCUCCCUAAAGUAGACGAUGAGGAAGAUGAGGACCUGGAGAUCGAACUGGUUGAAGAAGAGCCUCCAUUCCUAAGAGGGCACACCAAGCAAAGCAUGGACAUGAGCCCUAUCAAAAUCGUUAAGAACCCGGAUGGCUCGCUCUCCCAAGCAGCGAUGAUGCAGAGUGCCCUCGCCAAAGAAAGGCGGGAACUCAAGCAGGCCCAGCGGGAAGCCGAGAUGGAUUCUAUUCCCAUGGGACUCAACAAACAUUGGGUUGACCCUCUGCCUGAUGCGGAAGGCAGGCAGAUUGCUGCUAACAUGAGGGGUAUUGGGAUGAUGCCCAAUGACAUUCCCGAGUGGAAGAAGCAUGCCUUUGGGGGCAAUAAAGCUUCUUAUGGAAAAAAGACCCAGAUGUCAAUCAUUGAACAGAGAGAGAGCCUGCCCAUCUACAAACUGAAGGAGCAGCUGGUCCAGGCUGUCCACGACAACCAGGUCCUGAUUGUUAUUGGAGAGACAGGAUCUGGGAAGACCACGCAGAUCACCCAGUACCUGGCAGAGGCGGGCUACACUUCCAGAGGCAAGAUUGGAUGUACCCAGCCCAGAAGAGUAGCGGCCAUGUCAGUGGCCAAAAGAGUGUCGGAGGAGUUUGGUUGUUGCUUAGGCCAAGAGGUGGGCUACACCAUUCGAUUUGAGGACUGCACCAGCCCCGAAACAGUCAUCAAGUACAUGACGGACGGGAUGUUGCUCCGAGAGUGCCUGAUCGACCCCGACCUCACCCAGUACGCCAUCAUCAUGCUGGACGAGGCGCACGAGAGAACGAUUCACACCGACGUGCUCUUUGGAUUGUUGAAAAAGACGGUUCAGAAACGGCAGGACAUGAAGCUGAUUGUCACCUCGGCCACCUUGGAUGCAGUGAAGUUUUCUCAGUACUUCUAUGAAGCGCCCAUUUUCACCAUCCCAGGUCGAACAUACCCAGUGGAAAUAUUGUACACAAAGGAACCCGAAACCGAUUACCUGGAUGCCAGCUUGAUCACUGUCAUGCAGGUCCAUUUAACAGAACCACCAGGUGAUAUCCUCGUCUUCCUGACUGGUCAGGAAGAGAUUGAUACUGCUUGUGAGAUCCUGUAUGAAAGAAUGAAAUCCCUGGGACCUGAUGUUCCAGAGUUGAUUAUCCUCCCAGUGUACUCUGCUCUUCCCAGUGAGAUGCAGACCCGAAUUUUUGACCCAGCUCCACCUGGCAGCAGAAAGGUCGUGAUUGCCACCAACAUUGCGGAGACAUCACUGACUAUUGAUGGCAUUUACUAUGUGGUGGACCCUGGAUUCGUGAAGCAGAAAGUCUACAAUUCUAAGACAGGGAUCGACCAGCUUGUGGUGACUCCUAUUUCUCAGGCUCAGGCAAAGCAACGAGCUGGCAGAGCUGGGAGAACAGGCCCAGGGAAGUGUUACAGGCUGUACACAGAACGUGCCUACCGAGAUGAAAUGCUGACCACCAACGUGCCGGAGAUCCAGAGAACCAACUUAGCAAGCACAGUGCUCUCGCUCAAGGCCAUGGGCAUCAAUGACCUGCUGUCCUUUGACUUUAUGGACGCCCCGCCAAUGGAAACCUUGAUCACAGCCAUGGAGCAGCUGUACACGCUGGGGGCCCUGGACGACGAGGGCCUACUUACCCGCCUGGGCCGCAGGAUGGCAGAGUUCCCUCUGGAGCCAAUGCUGUGCAAAAUGCUGAUCAUGUCUGUGCAUCUGGGCUGCAGUGAGGAAAUGCUGACCAUCGUGUCCAUGCUGUCUGUGCAGAACGUCUUCUACAGGCCCAAGGAUAAACAAGCCCUCGCAGAUCAGAAGAAGGCCAAAUUCCACCAAACCGAAGGGGACCACCUCACCCUGCUGGCCGUGUACAACUCUUGGAAGAACAACAAGUUCUCCAACCCGUGGUGCUAUGAGAACUUUAUCCAGGCUCGUUCUCUGCGCCGGGCCCAGGACAUUCGCAAGCAGAUGUUGGGCAUCAUGGACAGACACAAGCUGGACGUGGUCUCCUGUGGUAAGUCCACAGUCCGAGUGCAGAAGGCCAUCUGCAGUGGAUUCUUCCGGAACGCUGCCAAGAAAGACCCGCAGGAGGGUUACCGGACGCUGAUUGACCAGCAGGUGGUCUACAUCCAUCCUUCCAGUGCUCUCUUCAACAGACAGCCCGAAUGGGUGGUGUACCACGAGCUGGUGCUGACGACAAAGGAGUACAUGCGUGAGGUCACCACCAUCGACCCUCGGUGGCUCGUGGAGUUUGCUCCAGCCUUCUUCAAGGUCUCUGACCCAACCAAGCUAAGCAAGCAGAAGAAGCAGCAGCGGCUUGAACCCUUGUACAACCGCUACGAGGAACCCAACGCCUGGAGAAUAUCCCGAGCCUUCCGGCGGCGCUGAGAUGCAAGAGUCUUGUUUGCCUCCCCUGUAGCAGUGGGCCGGGGCUUGGCCUCGCUCUUCUUGAUGAAAAGCUGGUCCCGAGGGUACAGCUGUCCAGUGACUGAGUAUCUUAACUGGGCAUUUCCUAAACUUGUCUCUCAUUUCUUCCCUGGUGGUAAAAUAGAAACAGGGAUUUACGCCUGGUUUGAUCAGAGCCUCCAGGCCCCGCCACCUCCAGGCACUUGGGCCAGCCAGGGCUCACGGCCAACAUGGGGGUACCCUGCAUCAUCUCCAAGAAAGGGGAAACUUCUGCAGCCCUAGGCUGGGAGAGGGGGGUCACGCGCAUCGGAUACCUGGACGCGGGGAGGGCUCUGAGGCCCUGGCUGCUGCUCUGGAGGAGGGAGCCGUGACGCUCACUGAGAGCGUUGGCCCCCCUUCCCUUCCCUGUCCAGCCCCUGUACUUUUGCUUAACCUCUUGCAAAUAUUUAUUUUCUUAAGGAAACAAAAAUG